AUGCAAAAUAUUAAUCUUAAUCUUGAUUAUCUUCAAGAAGAAAAAAUCAAGGUUAUGGCUCAUCCACAAUAUUCACCUGAUCUUGCUCCUUCAGACUUUUGGUUGUUCAAUCGUCUGAAACGUAGUCUUGAUACAUAUCCAGUUUCAACAAGUUUAGCUACGGCAACAACCAAGGAGCUUAAUUCAAUACCUAUUGACGAAUAUCAAAAGACAUUUCAGAAAUGCAUUGAAAGGAUGAAAUUUUGUAUUGAACAUCGUAGGGACUGCUUCGAACAUUUACUGUAA